GAUCUAGCAUAACUUAAGACUAAAACUAAAAAAACUAAACUAAAAAGGAUUGUUAUCAUAAGUAAGUGUCCAAUAACGCUACUUAUAGUCUCUAUAAAAGGAAAGACACUCUGCUCUUGUGUUCAAUUUUAUUUUCAUUUACUUCACUUAAUAUUAAGGUACACUAACACUAAUUCACUAGUUCAAAUGGUUUUAUCCUUUUCAAUCUUCUCACUAGGUCAGUGGUGUCAAGGAGUUGAAUAGCCUCGACAUUCACGUGAUGGUGGAGCCUAUGUUCGAAUGCUCCAGCAGUCUUUUUUAUUAAUGUGGUGACGUCCUCUACAUUAAGGUCCCGAUGGAGGUCGUAAUUGCGAAUGUUCCAGGGAGCAUUGACUAUUCCCCUGAGCACUUUGUUUUGGAAUCGUUGGAUUACUUGGAUAUUGCUAUUACUGAAUCUCCCUGAAGAGCUACAACUUAACUCGUGUCUUCUUUUACCGCCACGAAGCCUCUCCACCAAUAGUCGUGAAAGAUGGCGUCAGCAAAACGUUAGCGGGGCAUUUGCUGAACUACGAAGACUAGUGCCAACGUAUCCUCAUGAUAAGAAACUUUCUAAGAAUGAGAUACUACGGAUGUCUAUAAGGUACAUAGGCCUUCUUUGCGAAGUCAUAGAAUGGCAGAAAAACCACGGUUUACUUACGAAUAAAGAAAAUGCCAUUUUGGCCGUCAAAUGCGAAUCGCCAAUGAGUCCAGUCUCAUGCCGACGGUUCAAAAGAAAUUUUCUAGAGAGACCAGAUGAAAACCACGACUUCAUAGGCAACGAAGAAAAUGAUUUUAGAAGACGUCUUUGCUAUAAAGACUGGUAUGGGAAGGAUUUGAAAAUUCUACGCAAUAAGUUUUAUGUGUCGGCAAGAUGGCGGCAUAUGCCAUUUAGGAAUCUGACGGGGGAAAGAAACGGGAAUAAUUUGCUGAUGAUUGCUCCUAAAGAUGAUGAGAAAAAAGAGAAAAAUGAGGGGAAAGAUAAAAGUUAAUUUCUAAGAUAGACAUGGAGUAACUGUUGAUACUAUAUAUAUGUACUACUGAAUCGCAUCUAGUAUUUAAUUAAUUAGCAUUGAAUCUUGGCCAUUUUAUUGUGUCAGAAAAUUUACCUAUUAAAAUUAAAGAUAUCGUUAAUCUUCAUAUGCGGAAAGUUCAAUAAUAACGUUGUUAUCAGUUUUAUUAUGAAUUAUAAUAUCUCAAAUCAUUGUGUAUAUUUGACGACAAAAAAUAUGUAGGUAGAUAUUUAUUCAUUUAACAUUACUUAAAAUAAGUUUUUUUAGCGCUGUAAAAUUCUGUGAGAUGUUAGAAUUUUAUUAAAUUAAUACUUUGUGAUCCCAUUUCAAAAUAAUAGUCUACACAUAUUUAAUUUAUUAUGUACGUUAUUUUAAUUUGUUUCUAUAAAAAAAAUCACUCCAGUUAUUAUGAUAUAAAAUUAAAGUAAUUUAAGCAAUGUUGCUUGGUAAAAUAGUGCUGCUAGAUUAAACAAUGUAACUAAAAUUAUUCUUAAAGAUCUCAAUA